AUGCGGACUAUAAUAGGGCUACUGGCACUAGCCAAGCUGUUUUCAACGGCAACUUGUGAUUUGUAUAUGCAUUCUCCGCGGGGAAGCAAUGAUCGCUGCGACGAAGUUUCAAAUGAUCGUAACAAUGCCAAUUUACUUUUCAAUUCGCAAAACAAUGCUGCCGGUGGUUAUGCUGUGUGCCCUAGUAGCAUGCAGUACUACACUGGAACAGACAUCACCUUUGAAUACACCUCACAACAUGGAUGUGGUAACGGAGGAGUGGCCAAAAACGACCCCAGCAAUCCUGAAUUCCAACAAUGUCAAGUGAUUAUUCAAGUUGGGUGCGAUGACACAUUCCGAGCUCUUCAACCAACCACUGCUGACGGCACCCGAUUUUGGCCCUACGCACUCAAAAACCAACAAUCAAUGGUAACUACCCCGACUGAAGGACAAAGCUCUUGCACCCAAACUCGACCAACUUUUGCUACUUGUGUCAACGAUACCGAAUACACCGGCGCUACUAAUGUCUGUGCUGGUCUCGAUCUAUCAACAAACUCUGGAUUAAACACCUUCAACAGCAAUCAAUGCCAAUGCUCACCACGAAAGAUUUACACGUACGCCUUGCACGAACCUGAAAUCUCGUGGUCGAAAUGUACCACUCGUAGGGGCAUGGGAGGUUUAUUCCUGGCCGAUCAAAACUUGAACGGAAACACUGCUGCAUUCACACGUCAAGACAACAACGGUGGAAACGAUCGACAUGGAUUCGAAUGUACUGAAGAACGUGACUACUACCCUUACUGGUCUCCCACUGGUUGGAUGGACAUUGUUGUCAAGACUUCUGACACAACGCAAUGCGCAUACUACCAAGCAAAUUCCGAAAACGUUGUCAGCAGAUCUGAAUGUGUAAACCCCAAUGACCCACUUGAUGCUACUGCAUGGCAAUACAAUUCUCAAGCCGCUUGUCUAUCACAUGCCAACACUUCGUGGGUAUACGUAAAUGCUACCAACAAACUCGGUGCUCCUGACUGUGUUCAACACGAAUGGUCCAUGGACAACCAUCUUGGCAUGGGCGUAACUGGAGCUUCAACUGCCAACCAAGCCUCGUACAAGUGGACCAUCCCUGAUUCGUUGCUACCUGCUGGUGCUGACUCUGUUACUUGUGUUGCAAGAAUCCGAUACAAUAUCUCGACUGCAGAAAUUCCCUUCUUUGCAACCAACGCAAACAAUGGUGCCGUCAAGACGAACCCAGUCAUUGCUCUCGGAAACAUCUCUGACCCAGACCCAAUGAAGGCUGUACCAAUAAGACAUGCAAUCAACACUGCUCAAUAUGGCCGAACCUUCCAAGACCGUUCCUACGCCUUCAAAAUCCUCCGACGCCCCUCUUCUCUCCAAAACGUAAACAUCCACAAUUUGAACGUCAGAGGCAAACGUGGAAACAUUGCUCAAGUCAGAAAUUGUGUCGAAUACGACUUUGUGCCCCAGACUUUGAGAGUAACUCAAGGUGAUAUGGUCCACUUCCAAUGGUGCGGCUCAGAUUUCAAUGAUCAAGGAAAUGAUGGUCAGGGACGUGCUGGUACCGAUCGCUCCAACAUUGUUCCAACCAUUACAUCCUCUUCAAACGUUGGUCAGCCAUUGGUCAAUACCUCCAUGUUUGCUUUCAACGAUAUGGCAAUGCUCGCCUUUCAAAAUCAGUCGAACUGCUUUAGCGUCCAAGAUAUGUUGACCACUCAAGCUACGAACGCAAACAGUCCUCAGUCUUGCCAUUUCCUGAACGCUGCCUCGCCAUACUUUAAUUACAUGGCGCAAGUACAGAAUGCUGGUGUCUUUACUGGAGUCUCAGCAAGAAAUAAUGCAUUCAGUAACAGAAAGCAAGCAGUUACCAUUGUCGCUGAUCCUGCUAGUUUAGACAGUGGUGCUAAAGCUGGAAUUGCAGUUGGUGCUUCAUCGGCCGUUGGUCUAGGUGCCGCAGGUGUUCUCUUGUGGUACAAGAGAAAGCACGGUUCUCUCCAGGGACUCAAGUUCCACAUUCAAGGAAAAGUUUAA